AUGGCUGUUGCAAAUCUUCUUCCAACGGAAAUUGUCCAGUCAAUUCUUUCUUUCACCAACCCAGACACAUACUUCUCGGCGCGCCUCGCGUGCAGCACCUGGCUACAUGCCGCCUCUACAGCCUAUAUGCUCCGGAACGCACUGGACCAUGCCCCAUUCCCUCUGCCACCGAUCCAUCUGAUGACCGAAGACGAUUGGAAUAAUCUUUUUAACCAGGUUGCGCACUUGCAUCUGUUAGGGAAGAGGGAUCACAUCGUCAAGACGAUCACGAGACGGAAUUUCCCUUCCGAGUGCAGCCCUUCCACAUCCUUUGAGCUGUCCAGUGACGGCAAGAAACUGGUGGUCCUGAAGGGCUCCCGGGUCAAUGUCUACGAUAUGAAGGAGAACGGCACCUUUGAACUUGCAUUUGGCCGCUCCUUGUACCCACUCUGGUCCACUGUAUUCCGGACAUUAGCUGAGGGUGGGGUGGGGUUCUUCGCCAUCAGCGAACGCUAUGCGAAAUAUCACCUGGCCAUGUCGAGAGCUGGGGACGUGAUCGCCAUCGGACUGGGCAAGUCGAUUCAGAUCUACGACCUUAAUGAUAAGGGAAACCUUACCCCUGUGCAGCACGUUCUGGGCUCCACAGUGACUGUCUUCUCAACCCCACCGUCCCAGGGUUACGUCGAAACCGACGGCGUGAUCAAGUCACUGGAAUUCGCGGAGGACGAUACCCUCCUUCGCGUGGAAAUCGAAAAUGAAUCCAACGCCCAUCGUCCAACCCGUGUGCGGUACCUCGGUGACCCUGCACAAGCACAACAAACGACAAACGGCUCAAAGCUCGAUUACUGGAAAGCAAACCACAACCGGGUCUUUCUCGACUCAGCAGCCCUGGCAGCCUCAUUCCUAGAACGCGAUAACAAGACCGCCUUCAGGGGCCUCAUACUCCUUCCCUCCACUUUCUCCUGCAGGACACAUACCGACAACAACGAACCAGGCCGGUUCUUCGCCGCCGCCCUCAAAACCUCGGAGGUACACGGGUACUGCAUUGGCUUUGUCCCAGACUCGGACCAGCGCAAUGUUACCAUCAAACGGCUUUUCCCGACCCGACUUCCUCAAUCCGAUGGUGACAAUAACAGUACGCUGGUGAAUGGUGGUAGCACUUCCUACCAGCCAAACUGGAACCGCCAAUCAAUGCCCCUCGCCGCCAAAGAUGCAAGUGUCGUCUCUCACAACCUCGAACUAGCAAAGGAUAGAUGGGACCCCAUCAACCUUCCCUCCGCAACGACGCCAGUCCCCAUUCUCUCCGUCUCAGACGACGGGAAAUUAUUGGUCGUCUACGAAUCCGGCGCGGGUCAUUCCUACAAAUUCGCUUCGGGUGGAGCGUUGUACGUCUACAGUUUGGAGAAUUGGACUCCCGUCCAGUAUGAGCAUUCACAACAACAACGGCAACAGCAAUCCUCCAAAGAUGCCUUCAAUGGAUCGAGCACUAUCCAACCCUGGUCGUUUCUGUUGGACAUUACCAAUGUCGAUGUUGACCACCUCCGUGUCACGAGGGACGCAGCUGAGAAGUGUCAGCGGGAUCCCUUCACCGGUGUCGCGAGGGUAGGGUACACCAUCACUGCUACUACGGCAUAUGAUAUUUUGAAUUGGCAUUUGGUUUAA